AUGAAAUCUGAAACUAGUGAAUCUGUGCUUAUCGUCUCAUCAAGUCAGACAAAGUCAGCAUAUGUAUUAUAUCGACAACGAUUUUAUGUUCUAUUUAUAUUUUCCUUUCUUGCUUUUAACCAAUGUCUUAUGUGGUUAACAUUUUCUCCAAUAGCAAGAAGUGCUGAAGCUUAUUAUAAUAUUAGUGAAGCUACUGUUGAUCUUCUUCUAAAUUGGGGACCAAUUAUUUUUAUUCCAUGUUUACCAUUAACUUAUAUAUUAUUAAACAAACAUCAUGGACUUCGACGUUGUGUUGAAUUACUUGCAAUAACUGAUUUUAUUGCAGCACUUGUUCGUAUUAUUCCAAUUGUUAUUACAACACCAUCAAGUCCAUAUUUUAGUAUUAUAUCUUUAACAUUUUUACAUAUUGGUCAAAUAUUAAAUGCAGCUUGUGGUCCAUUAGUUAUGGCACCUGUUUCACAACUUUCUUGUCUUUGGUUUGCUCCUCAUGAGCGAACACGUGCAACUACAAUUGCUGUAUUUGCUAAUAAUUUUGGUGCAACUAUUGGUUUUGUAAUUAGUCCAUUUAUUGUUUCAUCAUCAAAUUAUGUUCCUCAUCUUCUUUAUGUUCAUUUGGGUCUUGCAUUUAUUGCUUGUGUUCUUGCUCUUCUCUUCUUUCCUUGUCAACCACCAAGUGCUCCAUCAGCAGCAGCUGAAUCACUUAUUCAUCAAUCAAUUCAUGAACAUCAUCAUAAUUCAUGGCUAAAAUUUCUCAAAGAUAUUUGGCAAUGUUUAACAACACCGUCAUUUGUACUUAUAUCAAUAGCUGGUGGCCUUCUUUCUGGAACAUUUGGUGCAUGGACAAGUUUAUAUGAUAUUAUUCUUAAACCUGAACAUUAUACUGAACAACAAGCCGGAUGGUUUGGAUUUGGUUCAUCAAUAGCUGGAAUUAUUGGUGGAUUAUUUUUAAGUUCUCUAGCUGAUACACGUCGUUUUCAACAUUCAUUAAAAGCUCUUAUUAUGAUAGCAUAUAUUGCAUGUUUACUUUCUAUUCUUUGGUUUGAAUUAUCUGUUCAAUCAUUUUUUUUUGAUAAACCAAUUCUUCCAUCAAAUGCUGCUACUAUUGGUUUAUCAACGGCAUUAGCUGGAUUAUUUUCAGGAGCUGCAUCUCCCUUAAUAUAUGAAGCUGUUGCUGAAAUAAUGUUUCCUUUACCUGAAUCAUUAUCAGCAUCGAUUCUUGUUCAAUGGAUUAAUGUAGCAUCACUUAUUCUUUUAUUUAUUGCUCCUAAUCGAAAUAAAUUAAUGAAUUUACUUGUAUUAGUUGUAAUAAUUAUGUGUGUUUUAAUGAUAAUAUUAGCACGAUUUACUUAUAAAAGACGUGAUGAAGAUGAAAGAAAACGACUAGAAAAAGAACAACAUCAAAUGUUAGAUGAAGAUAGUUUAAAUCCAUGUAAUAAUAGUAUUAUUGAUGAAUCACAAUAUGGAACAUUUUCAUAA